UUAGCGACGCUGUAAGACUGGCAACGAGCUCAACAUGGCGGACAUGGAAGACGAAGUUGAGGAGGAAUCUGAAUCAGUCCACGCAGAAGUAGGAGGGAAAAGAAAAAGACUGUUUCAUAAAGAAUUGAGAUGUAUGAUGUUUGGUUUUGGUGAUGAUCAAGUACCAUUCACAGAAUCUGUAGAUUUACUGGAAGAUCUUGUUGUGGAGUACAUCACAGAAAUGACACUUAAGGCCAUGGAUGUUGGUAAAAAGGGAAAGGUGCAUGUAGAAGAUAUUGUUUUUUUGAUCAGAAAGGAUCCUAAGAAAUAUGCCAGAGUCAAGGACCUCUUGACAAUGAAUGAAGAACUGAAGAAAGCAAGAAAAGCCUUUGAUGCUGAAAGCUAUGGGGAAAUGGUGUAAACCUGUUUGAUGUGGAGUUUAUAGAUAGCAGCUUUGCUGAAAUCAUCAUUUAUCUGAAUUGAUAGACUUGUCAGUUCAUGGCAGUUUACUGUUUGGAAAAUGACAACUGUCUGCUGGAAGAAAUUUGUUCAUGAUCUGAGUUAUUUUACCCUAUUAUCAGUCCCUCUUUUGGGUGGGUCAAAAAAAUCCACAGCAAAAAAGUCCUAUUGGAAUGUAACACAAGUCCACUAGAUCUAUUUCACACUGUGUCAAGAACUGCGUGAGGAAAAAUUAUUUCUCGCAGAAACUGAAUCACCCUCUUUUAACCAAGGCAUGUGCAACAGUCCUAGACAGAAACUUGCUCUGAUUGACUAGGUGUCGUUUUCAGAUCUAGGUGUAGUUUUCAGACCUACCAAAUACUAUUCCCUUUCUCAUACUGAAGUGACCAUCAAUACAAACAGCAAAAGUACUGGGAUACCAGUACACACACUCAGUUUGUAAUCUUAUUUUAUUUAAAAAAAAUUGCUGCAAGUUGACAGUUAAAGAGCUCAAGUCAUUUGAUUUAGUGUUCAGUCAGUCAUUUUUAUAGACACUGUAAAAUAUUUUUAAUACUCAAAAUAAUAAAUAAAUUUUAUAUGUACAAGG